AACGGUAUUGAGAUGGAUUGGGUUAUGAAACAUAAUGGUCCAAAUGACGCUAGUGAUGGGACAGUACGACUUCGUGGACUGCCAUUUGGUUGCAGCAAAGAGGAAAUAGUUCAGUUCUUUCAAGGGUUGGAAAUCGUGCCAAAUGGGAUAACAUUGACGAUGGACUACCAGGGGAGAAGCACAGGGGAGGCCUUCGUGCAGUUUGCUUCAAAGGAGAUAGCAGAAAAUGCUCUGGGGAAACACAAGGAAAGAAUAGGGCACAGGUAUAUUGAGAUCUUCAGAAGUAGCAGGAGUGAAAUCAAAGGAUUUUAUGACCCACCAAGAAGAUUGCUGGGACAGCGACCGGGACCAUAUGAUAGACCCCUAGGAGGCAGAGGAGGGGGUUAUUAUGGAGCGGGGCGUGGAAGUUAUGGAGGUUUUGACGACUAUGGUGGCUAUAAUAAUUAUGGCUAUGGAAACGAUGGCUUUGAUGACAGGAUGAGAGAUGGAAGAGGUAUGGGAGGACAUGGUUAUGGUGGAGCUGGUGAUGCAAGUUCAGGUUUUCAUGGUGGUCAUUUUGUACAUAUGAGGGGGUUGCCUUUUCGUGCAACUGAAAACGACAUUGCUAAUUUCUUCUCACCACUAAACCCAAUACGAGUUCACAUUGAUAUUGGAGCUGAUGGCAGAGCAACAGGAGAAGCAGAUGUAGAGUUUGUGACACAUGAAGAUGCAGUAGCUGCCAUGUCUAAGGAUAAGAAUAACAUGCAACAUCGAUACAUUGAACUCUUCUUGAAUUCUACUCCUGGAGGUGGCUCUGGAAUGGGAGGUUCUGGAAUGGGAGGCUACGGCAGAGAUGGAAUGGAUAAUCAGGGAGGUUACGGAUCUGUUGGAAGAAUGGGAAUGGGGAACAAUUACAGUGGUGGAUAUGGUGCUCCUGAUGGCUUGGGUGGUUAUGGUCGUGGUGGCGGUGGAGGUGGCGGUGGCAGUGGGGGAUACUAUGGACAAGGCGGUAUGAGUGGAGGUGGAUGGCGUGGAAUGUACUGAAUCAUAACAACAUAUAAGUCCUGACAACAGCAUCUGGUCUACUAGACUUUCUUACAGAUUUCAUUUCUUUUGUAUUUUAAGAACUUUAUAAUGACUGAAGGAAUGUGUUUUCAAAAUAUUAUUUGGUAAAGCAACAGAUUGUGAAGGGAAGAUCUGUUUCUGUAGGUUUUAUUUGUUGCAUACUUUGACUUAAAAAUAAAUUUUUAUAUUCAAACCACUGAUGUUGAUACUUUUUAUAUAUGUGCUGCCUUGAUAAGAUUUGGGUUGAUGUAUUUUACUAUUAGCUCUCUACAAGUAGUAGCAUAGUGUCAUUUUAGAGCUAACAGUUCAGCUUUGCAGAAAUCUGGAAUAGAUAGUUUGAAGAAUAGUGUAACUUUUUCCUUUAAUUUCUACUGGAUAAUACUGUAAAUAUAAAACCUAAAGAUGAGUUUAGGUGACUUCAGGAGUAUGAAUCCAGCUAAUUCUAUAUUCUUUUUCAGGUGUCAUUUAUCAGCACUGAAAUAUUGAUGAUGGUCUAACAGGUAUCUGGACUUCUACAUAUUCAUAAUUGUGGAGUAUGGGAGUAUUGGGAAUUUAAAUUCUAUCCAUAGAUUGUAGACUAUAUUCCCCUCAGCACUUGACUGAAGUACCAAAAAAUGUUUUCUAAAGAGUGAUGACACAUUUGUAAGUUAUCGCAAGAUGUCUUAGAGUAGGUUAAUAAGGUUCCCUGUAACAUGGAAAGUCAGCAUAAAUACAUAGGUAUUUACUGUGGAGUGAGUGUAAGUCACAAAUGUAUCUUCAGUUUCCUGCCCAAUAGUGAAAGCGUAUGAUUUUAAAAUAAUUGUGUAAGUGAGUACUUAAAAAAAUGUAAGACCAUAAGUCCAUGUCAUAGUCUUAAUUAAAAUGAGUCAUGCCGUUGGAUUUUUGCGUCUUAAUUAACAUCUGCUUAGAGUUUUAGAGUCAUUGUGUUUAAUAUGUAGCAAGGGAAAGGUGCUUUUUACUUCAUCCCUUUGAUCAAUAUGGUAUUUUCCAAUUUGGCUAAUGGAUAAAAAUGGAAACGUAUUGAUGUAAAAUCAGUUAUUGAACUUGUUACUUGUUUUUGCUAGAAAUGUUAUUAAUGUAAUAAAUAUUAAU